AUGUUUGAUAGUGGAAAUCCAACAUCAAAUCUUGUCUCUUCAACCAUUUGCAAUUUACGAUCUCUCGCAGUUUUGGAUUUGGCAAACAAUUUGUUAACUGGGCUAUUACCUCAAUGUUUGGUAAGCAACUAUCUGUUUGUGUUAGAUUUGCACCAGAAUCAAUUUCAUGGGCCAAUCCCAACACAAUUUAAAGUUUCCAACCCCUUGAAAAGACUUAAUUUGUAUGGUAACCAAUUAGAGGGUGCAGUGCCACGAUCUUUAAUCAAUUGCAAAGGGUUAGAAGUUCUUGUUCUUGGACACAACAAUUUGAGUGGUACGUUUCCAAUGUGGCUAAGAGUUCUUCCAAAUCUAAAGGUUCUUAACUUGAGAUUUAAUCGGCUGUAUGGAUCCAUCGGAAAUAGGAGAAUUAAAGGGCAUUUGUUUCCUCAACUUCGUGUCUUUGACCUCUCUCAUAAUGGAUUCACAGGGGAGUUACCCACAUGGUUUUUCAAGAAUUUUAAAGCCAUGACAAAUGUUGAUGAAGAUAAAUCACAAUUGUACCUUAGUUUUGAAAAUACCGAAGUAGACAUUUCCUCUCCCUUUUACAUUGAAGAUUCAAUGAUUGUGAGUUUAAAGGGGCAAGAUCGUGAAUUUGUAAGAGUACUUAAAAUGUUUAUUGUCAUUGAUCUCUCAAGCAAUAAAUUUGAAGGGCAUAUUCCAAAUAGCAUUGGAGAACUUCUUGCAUUACGUGAAUUAAAUUUAUCAAGUAACAAGUUCACUGGACACAUCCCAAUGUCUCUUGGAAAUUUAUCUAUGUUGGAAUCUUUAGACCUUUCUUUGAAUCAAAUUGGUGGAGUUAUCCCUGAGCAAUUGGCAAGAGUUACAACUCUGGAAGUGUUGAAUCUCUCACAUAAUAAGCUUGUGGGAUGCAUACCUCAAGGCCUACAAUUCAAUACAUUUGAAGCAAAUUCAUACCAAGGAAAUGAUGGUUUGAAAGGAAAGCCUUUGUCACAAAGUUGUGGGGACGGUGUGACACCACAACUUCCUGCACCAAAGGAUUUUUACAAAGAAGAUGAUUCGAGUUUUUUGAGCGGGUGCACAAUAAAAGUUGUGGCAAUGGGGUAA